GUUUCCGUCAAUUAAGAUAAUUAAUCGACCAUUUACCAAAGGGUACAAAUUUAAAGAUGAGAUUAUAAUAAGGCAAAUCAGAGUCAACAUAGAAAAUGAAGAGAACUACACGAUGAGACGAUAAUUGGCGUCAGUGUCAUAAAAGGCGGGUUACCUUUCCCAAAUUAUAUUUCCUGAUCUCCAAGUCAUCACGAUGUCAGUGACAUGGAAGAUCCUGUUCCUACCGACACGAUUAUGGAGGACAACGAAGUCCGCUAAGAGAUAGUUGAGAGUGGCACGAAGAGCGGAGGAAAAAAACUCGUCAGCAGCGAAGGAUAUUCUUAUACUCUGAAGGCAGCUGGUCCUCGUACAACGAUAUGGAGGUGCAGCGUGCGAAGGAAAGACCUCUGGUGUCGAGCUGUUGUUUCUCAGCGGGGGAACGAGUUCGUGUGCGGGUCUGUUGAUCACAUCCACCCACCAGAGGCAGGUCUACUCAAGCGGACAGUUAUAGCUGCAAAGGUUAGUUUGCUACUACCUUGAAUAUAAUUGUAUUGAUUGAUUACUAAACCAAAAACUUUAUUUAGUUAUGUUGAUUUUUUAAUUUAUAUAUUAUUUACUUUAUUUUAUAUUUAUAAAUUAAUUAAAUAAUUAAUUAAUGAAUUUAUUUAUUUAUUUAUUCUAAAUUGCACGUCCGAGUGGAAGCCAUUUAACAACCAUACAGAGCAUCUGGGGACAUAUUAGAGGACGCCUUCUCGAUUACCAACGAAAAUGACUUUAACCUGCCCAAUCAACAGUAUCUUCAGAGAGCUGCGAAUUGCAUCCGACAAAAACUGAGGCCUGCAGAGCCCAAGGACUUAUGCAAUUAACCUUUGAGAUUGACCAACGGUUCCUUGGAUGUGAAGACUUCAUACAGGGUGACGUGCGGGUAGAGAACGAGCGCCACAUCCUCCUUGCAGCCCCCCUUCAGAAGGAGCUACUGAAGACGGCGAAGAAUUGGUACCUGGAUGGGACAUUCAAGAUCAUUCGUCGACUGUUCGAACAACUGUUCUCCAUCCAUGGUUUCAUACAGAAGGACGACUGUAUGAAGCAAGUCCCUCUUCUCCUCGUCCUGAUGUCGAGACGCCGAAAGAGGGAUUACGUAGCAGUGUUUCAGAAGAUACGCAGUCUUUUGCCUGACCUGGCGGUUGAGGGCUUCGUCAUGGACUUCGAACGAGCCACAUGGUCUGUAGUAGAGGAGGUGUUUCCGGAUGCUCGGGUGCAAGGUUGCUCUUUCCACUGGGGACAGGCAGUGAUGAGGAAGGUGGCAAAUCUUUGCCUCAAGACAACAUACGAGGAACGACAGGGGGUUCAUCGGCUGAUCCGGAAAUUGUUUGCCCUGUCAUUUCUUCCGGGGAACAUUUGACAACUUGAGGCAGCUCGCCACAACACAACUUUUGCGACAGCUGUUCCAGUACGUUGAGGAUACGUGGAUCAACAGUGACGUGUGGGGGAUCCGCCAGUGGUCCGUGUUCCGACUGGCGGUGAGAACGAACAACGACGUUGAAGGCUGGCACCGGCGGAUGAUUGGAAAGGCAGGGAAGGCCAAGCUCCAAUUUUACGUCCUUGUUCCCCUGCUGCUGAAGGAAGCCAGCCAGUUGAGCAUCAUCAUGCGGCUUGUGGAUGAGCAACAACUCACACGUUACCAGAGAGUGACCUCCCGACGAAUCCACGGGACCCUCCAUGAGCUCUGGGCCGAGUACGAAGAGAGGACCAUCACUACAUCCCUUUUUCUGCCACGAGUAGGACAGGUGGUCGCGCCAGCUGUUCCCAGACCGGACGAGUGACAGCUAGUGAAUCGCGUGAGAAAGUGAUAGUGAUAGCGUUAGUAUUAGUGUUAUAGUUCUGGACUGGACUGAUGAGAAGGACUGGACUGUAUAUAUUAUAUUAUUUAUGAAUCUGUUAUUAUGUUUUAUGUUUAGUUGUUUAUUCUUUACUGUCGUAGUUGUUUAGUGCUUGUUGUAGUUGUUUAGUG